AUGAAAUCGCAAACAUCUAAAUCUACCAGAAGCUCACAACGAUCUUCAGCGUCAUCAACAGCAGUGAAGGCAUAUGCAAAGGCGAGGGCAGCCCGAGCUCAACUUGUUUAUGCUGAAAAGGAAGCAAAUGUGAUGAAACAGAAAGCAGAUCUCGAAGCCAGCCUUUACCUUCUCCAGUGCCAAAAGGCUGCUGCCGCAGCCGAAGCGGAGGCCAACGCCUAUGAGGAAGUUGAAAGCGGGGAGAAGAGUCGGAUUGAGGAUGAGCCCUUCGAUACAGUCCAGCGCACCAGCAAUUAUGUUCAUCAACAGUCUGAGCGUAUCCUUUCAGAGCUACCACUGGAACACAUGGACAGGGAGUCGCUGGAGGAAAAAGCUGACAGGAUGGAAAUAUCCACUGUCAAAUCAGCCUUGCCAGAUACAAACAAUAACACACAGCCAGUUCACAAAAAUGCAAAAGAUGAGCGAACAACACAAUCAGGGCCAGCUGAGCUAGGGCCGCAUCCUCGCCCAUCACGCUUGACCUCCCCAGAAAAGAGACAUCCACCUGAGCCCCAAGGUGCUCAAGACCUCGCAAGAUAUCUUAUCCGCAAGGAGAUGGUGAGUUCUGGCCUCCUGAGAUUUGAUGACAAACCCGAAAAUUACUGGUCAUGGAAAGCAUCGUUUAUAAGCACUACAAAAGAUUUGGAUCUCUUAGACAGAGAAGAACUGGAUCUUAUGACCAAAUGGCUUGGUCCCGAAUCAUCAGAACAAGCUAAAAGAAUUCGCGCAGUCCACAUCCUCAAUCCUCGAGCAGGAGUCAAUAUGGUUUGGCAGCGUCUUGAAGAAUGCUAUGGAACUCCAGAAGUCAUAGAAGACGCUCUCUUCAGAAAGAUUGAAUGUUUUCCGAAGCUGAACAACAGAGACACUGUCAAGUUACGAGAGCUAGGGGACAUUCUCCUCGAGCUUCAGUGUGCAAAAGAAGAUGGUGCCCUUCCAGGGGCCUCAUGUAUCAACACUUGCGUGGAACUCAUACCAGAAACGAGCGCACGCAAGGUCCGUCACGCUGAAAAAAAUCCGUAUGUAUCAAUGUGUGCGGGCGCCGAAAUCCACGUGUGUUUCCUUGAUAAAUCCCAAUCAGCGUGGAAUUGAGCGCAGAUGUCGGAGUGACUGGGCCCGUCCCCGUUACGCCCUCCUAUAAAUAUGCAGAUUUAUUUAAAUAGGGUCUCCCUGUCCUCGCACGCAGACAAAAUGACAAGAAAAACUAAAUUUACGGCGUGCGAGGUGGAGGUGCUGGUGGCGGAGGUGGAGGAGCCACAGCGUGUUUUGUUUGGCAGCCUGUCCAGUGGCGUCAGUGCAAAACAAAAACGCUUGGAGUGGGAGAAAGUUUGCGAGAGGGUGAAUGCGGUGGGUUCCGAGGCACGCACCCCCGCGGAGAUUAAAAAAAAAGUGGUCGGACCUCAAGGUGGAGGUCAAGCGGCGUACAGCUGCCCUCCGGAGGAGUACCGGCCAGACAGGUGGGGGUCCGGGGGAGAAGACCCUCACACCGUUUAAGCAGCGGGUGGUGGCGAUUAUUAUUAUAGGGUAAGUGGCGUGUCACACAAAUGUCCACAUGCUUUGUCAUCCCACUGAGCAAAAGACGUAUAUUAGACGUCUAGUCUAAGUUUAUACUUCAUUUCAACGUCGGGAUUCAGUCUAUUUUUAGACGUGAUUUAUACUUCGCCCUUAACUUAAUUUUUCGAUCACUUUUUAUGCAAUAAACAACUGUAAUGUGCACAACUGACCUCGAAAUACUGGAUUACAUUACCUAUGAUACCGUGGAGAGAGAUGUAAACGCAACAGAUACACAGAAGCAGGAAUUGAAAUGAACAAAUAUUUUUAUUGUUGGUGCAUCAGCACCAGCGCGCCGACAAGCGGUGGAGCGUCCACCAGCCGCGGCGCUUCCGCUGGACCACCCGGACGCAGUGGAAGGGUCCUUGCGGAGGGGGUCCUGCAAUCGCAGGAAGAAAUCAUCAGGGGGAUCGCGGGGAUCAACGAGCGGCUGGACCGGCUCGUAAAUGUCCUCGAGCGUCUGGUGGCGAAAAUAAAUUAAUUUGGCUCAUUGAACUGUGUAUUCACGUCUUACCAUUUCACACUGUGGCGAUGAGAUUCUCCCGCGCGAGGACGGCGGCCCGGCAGGGAUCAGCUCGCAUCCCUCCGUCUGCUGCUGGUUCGUCAUGUCGGGCGACGUGCUGCUCGGCCACGGGGAUGUGGUGCAAGCUUGUCACAUAGUGAGUCACCAAACACCGCCACACAGCGUCGCCAAAGUGCGAAUCACAGUCAACCCAAGUAUCAGCUCAACGCCAAUUUCUACACCACCUCCUGACUUUGCGUUGAUUAGCGCUGGAACCGACGCUCGUUUCGCGAUGAUAAAUCUGGACGUGUGCGCCGAUUUUGGCGUACGCAAGGUUUUCUUGCGCCGCAAGCGUUGAUACAUGAGGCCCCAGGUCUCCAGUAUUUGGAUACAGCGCGUGGGAUAAAGCAGAUUGUGGAAAAGCUACCCUACAACCUCCAAGAAAAGUGGACGACCUAUGGAAGCAAAUACAAGGAGACCUACAGAGUGCCCUUUCCCCCUUUCUUUGUUUUCUCCAGCUUCGUCCGACAACAAGCAAAGGUGAAAAAUGAUCCAAGUUUCUUCAUAUCCACUGCCAACAGCCCACCUCCUGUCAAAACAGAAAGACUUGAGAGACACAACAAGCCUUUUGUGAGAGCGCACAAAACUGACAUCCCAGCAGAACCGUCAGACAUACAGGACAACUCUUUUGCAAGAAACUGGAGGAACCAGACCGCCAGUGCCCCAUACACAAAAAGCCCCACCCACUGAAGAAAUGUAAGCUUUUCAGAGAAAAACCGUUAGAAGAACGCAAAACAUAUCUCAGGGAAAACCGCAUCUGCUUCAGAUGUUGCGGGUCUGUACAACACAUGGCGAGAAAAAUCAGUGUAAAAUGUUUAGAAUGCAACAGUGACAAACACAUUUCAGCUCUGCAUCCGGGCCCCCCUCCCACAACAACACACAGAGAUGCAGAUGACAAAGAUGAUGCUGGAGCGCAAAGUGGAAGCCAAUUUCUUGCAGUUACCUCAAAGUGUACAGAGAUUUGUGGGAAUGUUGAAGGUUUACGCUCAUGUGUCAAAAUCUGUUUAGUGAAAGUGUACCCUGCUGGAGAAAGGGAGAAAGCAGUGAAGACGUACGCGGUGCUGGAUGAACAAAGUAACAAGUCUCUCGCAAAGAGUGAGUUCUUUGACAUUUUCAAAAUUGACACCAGCCCCACCCCAUACACGCUGAGGACUUGUUCUGGAAAAAUGGACACUUCUGGUAGAAGAGGUGGUAACUUCAUUCUUGAGUCUGUUAAUGGGAAAUUACAACUUCCCCUCCCACCCUUAAUUGAAUGUGACGCGGUGCCCGAUGAUAGGGCAGAAAUUCCAUCUCCAGAGAUCGCGCUCCAUCACCCUCACCUAAAGCCGGUUGCCGACAAGAUCCAACCUGUGGACGAAGAUGCUCCGAUCCUCCUGCUCAUAGGAAGGGACAUGGUGAGAGUCCACAAGGUUCGUGAGCAAAUUAAUGGACCUCACGAUGCCCCUUACGCACAGCGGCUUGACCUGGGAUGGGUUAUUGUGGGGGAAGUCUGUUUGGGACAGGCACACAAGCCGACAGAAGUGAAUGUAUACAAAACAAACCUUUUGCACAACGGCCGCUCAUCCUUUCUCCUACCUUGUCCAAACAGCAUGAUUGUAAAGGACAGCUAUGCUGACACGUCACAGUGCAAUGUUCCACCUGCCAACAGGAAAAAUGCUGGACCUAGCACACCCGAAGACAACCUGGGAAACUCAGUGUUCGAAAGAUCCAAGGAGGACGAUAAACCAGCGUUAUCAAUAGACGACAAAGCCUUUCUAGCAAUCAUGGAUGCAGAGGUCAAGCAAAAUAAAGGGAACAGCUGGGUGGCGCCUUUGCCCUUUCGUUCACCUAGGAGACGGCUGCCAAAUAACAGAGGACAAGCCUUGAAACGUCUCCAAUCCCUCAAGAAAACCCUGGAGAAAAAAACAAAAAUGAAAGAUCACUACAUGAAGUUCAUGCAGCAGAUGAUAGAGAACGAUCAGGCUGAACCUGCCCCGCCCAUAGACAAGGGCACAGAAUGCUGGUACCUGCCGACAUUUGGCGUUUACCACCCCCAAAAACCAGAACAGAUAGGGGUGGUUUUUGACUCGAGCGCCGAGUUUGAAGGAACGUCCCUAAAUGAUGUGCUGUUGAGAGGACCGGACUUGAACAACUCCUUACUAGGAGUUCUGAUGCGGUUCCGAAAAGAGCCAGUGGCCAUGACAGCCGAUGUGCAGCAAAUGUUUUAUUGUUUCAUUGUCAGAGAGGAUCAUAGAGACUAUUUGAGGUACCUCUGGUAUGAAGAUAACAACAUCAACAAGAAGGUGGUGGAGUUCAGGAUGAAAGUCCAUGUGUUUGGGAACAGCCCUUCACCUGCUGUUGCCAUCUACUGCAUGAGAAGAGCGGCUGAAAAAGGUGAAGAGGAGCACGGUUCAGAUGCAAGACAAUUUGUCGUGAGGCAGUUUUAUGUUGAUGACGGCCUCACCUCAGUUGCCACAUCUGAGGAGGCCAUAGAUCUCUUGGCACGGACCAGGGAAAUGUUGGCAGAAUCCAAUCUGCGGCUGCACAAGGUGGCAUCAAAUAAGCAGCAGGUAAUGGAGGCCUUCCCAACCAAAGAUCUCGCCAAAGAUCUGAAGGAUGUGGAACUGGGAGUGGAUCCUCUCCCACUACAAAGGAGCCUAGGACUGUCUUGGAAUUUGGAGAUGGACAGUUUCACUUAUCUUGUGUCUCAAGAACAGAAGCCAUUCACACGCAGGGGAGUGUUGUCAACCGUCAACAGUUUGUACGACCCCCUGGGUUUUGUAGCUCCCAUAACAUUGCAAGGGAAAGCACUCUUCCGUGAGUUGUCGUCUGAGCAGACAGAGUGGGAUGCUCCCCUCUCCCCAAAGAAGGAAUCAGAAUGGAACUCAUGGAGGGACUCCCUAAAAGCUCUGGAGGACCUGCAGGUACCAAGGUGUUAUGUUCCAAUCUCACUGUCUUUAGACCAGAGAAAAGAACUCUGCAUCUUCUCAGACGCUUCAACCAUGGCUAUAGGAGCUGUAGCCUACCUGAGAGUAGCCAACACUGAAGGGCAAUACUACGUGGGAUUUGUUAUGGGAAAGUCCAAGCUGGCCCCUCGCCCUGCUCACACAAUUCCACGUUUGGAACUUUGUGCCGCAGUGCUGGCUGUGGAGCUGUAUGAGUUGAUCAGAGACGAGAUGGAUAUGGAAGUGGACGCUGUAAGGUUUUUCACCGACAGCAGAAUUGUGCUGGGAUAUAUCUGCAACUCCACGAGAAGAUUCUACAUGUAUGUUUCAAACAGGGUCAUUCGGAUAAGAAGGUCCACACACCCUGAGCAGUGGCACUACACAUCCACAGAUCUCAAUCCAGCUGAUCUGGCGACCAGAACCAUACCUGCAGCCCAACUCCAACACAGUGUUUGGUUCACCGGUCCAGCCUUCCUGUACCACGACAAUGCAAGCGAGUCAGCCGAAACACACUCCUUCUCUCUGGUUGAGCCCGAGGCUGAUGAAGAAGUUCGCCCAGAGGUCACAGUCUUUUCUACUAAUACCUUCGAUUCUCAGUUGGGUUCACAUUGGUUUGAGAAAUGUUCCAGUUGGACAAGCCUCAACAAAACAGUGGCCAGACUUAUUCAUGUUGCAGCGUCUUACCAAGGAUCAGUGAAUGCAGAGAAGAAAGGAUGGAGAUGUUUUAAAGAGACGGUGAGUGUGAGCGAACUCUCACAAUCCAAAACUGUGAUCAUUCGCUCUGUCCAGCAGGAAGCCUUCAAGGAGGAACUGAGAUGUCUUGAAAGAGGACGUGGAAUGUUCAAACGGAGUACACUGGAAAGGCUCAAUCCAGUCAUGGACAAAGAUGGCCUGCUCCGCAUUGGAGGUCGCCUAUCCUCAGCUGACCUGUCACAAGAAGAGAAACACCCAUUGAUCCUGCCUCAUAAUCACCACAUUUCCACACUGCUGGUGCGACACUUUCACGAACAAGUAGCUCACCAAGGACGACACAUCACCGAAGGAGCACUACGUGCUGCCGGCUACUGGAUAAUAGGGAGCAAGCGUCUGGUGUCUUCAAUCAACUACACGUGUGUCACAUGCCGUAAGCUACGAGGCAGGUUGGAAGAUCAGAAAAUGGCAGAUCUGCCAACCGACAGACUUAGUCCUGAGCCUCUAUUCACCACCGUUGGUCUCGACAUCUUUGGGCCAUGGGUUGUCAUGACAAGGCGCACAAGAGGAGGACGUGCUGACAGUAAGCGUUGGGCAGUGCUCUUUACGUGUAUGGCAACCAGGGCAGUGCACAUUGAACUGAUAGAAGCCAUGUCAACAGACAGUUUCAUCAAUGCUUUGAGAAGAUUCUUCUCUAUUCGAGGUCCAGCGAAACUCCUGCGGUCCGACAGGGGAACCAAUUUCAUGGGCGCUUGCAGAGAACUGAAUAUGGCCAUGAAUGAUUUAGGAGUCACUAAGUAUCUCCAGGGAAAAGGAUGCUCCUGGAUCUUCAAUCCUGCUCAUGCUUCUCACAUGGGCGGAUGCUGGGAGAGGUUAAUCGGAGUUGCCAGGGGAAUUCUUGAUGCCAUGUUGCUGCAAAAAGGACCAAUUCGCCUCACUCAUGAGAUUUUGUCUACAUUCAUGGCGGAGGUGAUGGCAAUCAUCAAUGCCAGACCCCUUGUGUCCAUAUCAACCGACCCAGAGAUGCCUGCAGUUCUCACUCCAGCGAUGCUUCUUACCCAAAAGAUGAGUGCUGUUUCAGCCCCCUCUGGAGACUUUUGUACGGCUCCGCUGUACGGGAAACAGUGGAAACAAGUCCAGUGUCUCGCCGACACUUUUUGGAAGCGAUGGAAAGGGGAGUAUCUCUCAAGUCUUCAGAGCCGUAGAAAGUGGACCAAGGCCAAGCCAAACGUGAAGGAAGGAGAUGUGGUCCUACUCAAAGACAGCCAGGUGCACAGGAAUGGAUGGCCAGUUGGACUGGUUGUGAAGGCCAUCCCAAGUGGCGAUGGCAACGUCCGGAAGGUAGAAGUGCGGAUCGUCAAGGAGGGGAAGGCCAGAGUAUUUCUGAGGCCAAUCUCAGAGAUUGUGGUUCUUCUUUCAGAGACUUAGAAAAGUCAAGAGUUAUGACUAUUGAUGGACAUUCAUGUUUUUGUGUUUGUAGUGAUAAAAGGUAAUUAUAUCAAGCGGGGAGUGUGUUGGCUUCAAUAUGGGUAAACACACAUAUUGAUGGUUAAAAUAAUAAAUAGAUACAAAUGUGAAUAAGAAAUAGAUAAGAAUACAAGGGUGUUGAAAAUAUAAAUAAUUUGAAUAUCUAAAAACAUUGCAUUGUACAUUUUCACUGUGGAUAAAUGAAUGUGAUUCGCCAUCUGCUGGGCAAAGUUGGUACUGCACUUAGAGGCACUCACUCAGCACUUGGCCGUCUCACUGCAGAUGAAUGUAAACACUGAGAUGAGAAGUAGCCACGGAGUUCAUGCUGCCGAAUUCGGACGUUCCAGCCUCGGAGACUAUUUGUCUGUGAGUGAAGUGUUGUGACGGCUGUGCUGUGUAGAAGUUGUGAUGAUGUUUUGAUUAUGUCACGUUCGGUUUGCUGUAGUUUAUGUUGUUAACGCGCGUUAGCCGUAUGUGUUGUUAACGAGCGUUAGCCGUGUGUAUCGCUAGCUAGCAUGUAGCUCUGUUCAUUGAAGUCACAUUAGCCCAUAUUGUGAUUGUUUAAUAAUUUGGGAGUGUGUAUGUGUUUUUCUGACAUUCUGUACUUUCUGUAAUGUUUCAGUUGUACAAGUUGGAAAAGAACCAAAGAAAGGAACACAAGAAAAGUUAAGCCUUGUGUGUUUUUUUCGUGUUCGCUGACUGUCUAGCCUCGCAUGGGAGAACGCGUCGUGAGGACAGUACACUGACCAUGUCCAUCCCUUUAUGACCACAAUGUACCCAACUUCUGAUGGCUACUUUCAGCAGGAUAAUGCGCCAUGUCAUAAAGCUGGAAUCAUCUCAGACUGGUUUCUUGAACAUGACAAUGAGUUCACUGUACUCAAAUGGCCUCCACAGUCACCAGAUCUCAAUCCAAUAGAGCAUCUUUGGUAUGUGGUGGAACGGGAGAUUCGCAUCAUGGAUGUGCAGCUGACAAAUCUGCGGCAACUGUGUGAUGCCAUCAUGUCAAUAUGGACCAAGCUCUCUGAGGAAUGCUUCCAGCACCUUGUUGAAUCUAUGCCACGAAGAAUUGAGGCAGUUCUGAAGGCAAAAGGGGGUCCAACCCGUUACUAGCAUGGUGUACCUAAUAAAGUGGCCGGUGAGUGUAUAUUACUGAUGAAAGGACACGGACACUUAUGUACCUGGCAAGGUGAUUUGGGGUUCUCUUUGAGGCACCUCUGCUGAAUUUUUCUACUUGCCAGAAUGAAGUCUUUUCCAUACUUCCAAAAACCCUGUUGCAGGUUUGAUUCCUCCCAGGCGUGAACCACGCAUCCUUAAGAUAACAAAGUUAGAAAAAAAAGUUUAACUGUGCUCUGAGUUAAAGUAGUUUGCCUAAUUGCCAGACUUUGUUAUAGCUGGUGUUUAAAUAUAUCCAAUAAAUGUUUUAGAAUAACAUAUGAUUACUGCUCUUCAUCAGGAUGUCCUUGAAGAGAUUAUCAAUACCAAUGGAUCCUUCCUGGACAAAUUAAGGUUUAAUACUAAAAAUGAUGAUGAUUACAUUGAUCUAAUUAAAGUGUCAGAACCCUGUCACAAAAAAAAAAAAAGAUUGGCUACUGAAGGGCCACCCUACCAGUGGGCUUAACAAGUUUUCUGGGGGGAAACCCUGCAUCACAAGGUCCAAUUUCACACACAUUCACAGUCUGAAUAGCAAGACACUUAAACUUGAAACUGCAUAUUCAAUGGUAAAAUACAAAGUCAAAGAAAAAUACGGCAGUGCUUAAUAUGACUGGGUAUCUCAAAAUGUUUGCUCCUUUCUUGUAUGUCCUGGUGACCAACAUGACUACCACACUGGAAUCUUUAGUAUAUGGCUUUAUUUAGUGGUUUAAGGAACUUUACUCACUCAGCCUGUGCCCAGAGAGUCUCUAAGACAUGGAAACGGCUCCACUAUUGCUGAUGCCAACAUUGUCUUUGGACCUGAGAUUGGACUAAAUGACAAAAAGAAUGUAAUAAUUUAUUUACACAGCCAAACAAUCCACGAUAAUACAACUGAAUAUACUGUGCAACAAACACUUAACUCUCACCGAAACAUUCCAUCAGGUGGGAUACAAGAAUUCUGUCCAUGCAUCUUCUUUUGUUGAGAGAAAUGUGAUGAUUUUCUUCAAGACUGCUAACCAAGCAUUUUCCAUCAGGUGUCUUGCUCAAUAUCUUACAGAUACUCUAGAAAAGUAGAGAAUGAUUUAAGGAAUAAAAAUGCAAGAAAUUAAGUGUACUAGUUUAAUGAUGACAAAUAAGACAUAUGUUUUUAACCCUGCUUAAAGUCGAAAUGCAGCAUGCUUGUUUACAGCAGGGUUCCCACGCCCUGGAAAAUUAUUCUAACAGGACUAGAAAACAGCCCAAUCUAGCAACACUGGUAGGGCAGAGAGCACAGGGGGUCUGUGUGUCAAAUUUCUCUGCAGGCUGA